AUGAAAGGGAAGAACUGCUUCAUGUACAGUGGUCUGGUGCACAAAAAGGCAAUUGGCAUCAAGCCCGAGAAAUACGGAAAGGGAAUUGUUUUGAUUACUAAAAAACCCGGAUAUGAUCAUAAGCCAGCGAAGGCCGUUGUCCGGACUAAAUAUGUUCGUGGACGCCGACGAACACUUCAGAAAAUACGCAAUAUGAUAUGUCGGCAAAAGUACAGAAGAGAGUUGAAGAUGCUCGCACUUCGACGGGCAAGUGCAUUAAUGUUGAACAUGAAGCCAACUGCACCACCAACAGCAAAACCGAAGAAGUCGUAA